UAUACACUAAGACGAAAGAUGCGGCCUGAGUUGUGCCGACUUUGCGAGAAGCCGGCGGCCGACGGCGGAUACCGAGCGGCCGAAUUGGACAAGGAGAAAUUGGCCGAAUGGUGUUUGAAUUACUUAGGCACGACUUUGGCCGAAGAAGUGAAAGACAAUGACCUCUUUUGCUACUUUUGCGUUUGGGACGCCAGAUUUCAAUAUGAGAACGAGAAAAAUCAUGGAUUAAUUUGCGGACAAAGUAAUUUGAACCUAUGCUGGUGGCUUCAGAAAGAUGUGGGAAGAAAUAUUCGUAUCUUGUUUGAGAAUUACGAAGCUGGAAUGGUGCAGCAGUGCUGGGUUCCUUUGAAAAAUAUGGAUAACAAGCAGAAAACAAGAAAUGCAAGUAAUACUAAUGCUGAAGAAAAGGUCGAACCAAAUAGCUCAUACAAAAAAUGCUGCUAUUGCAGCAAACUUAAUAUUCCAAAAACAGAGUGGACGAAACAUAUAAAAAAUGAACAUGCAAAUGUUGCAAUCAAAUGUAAUUAUCGCAAGGACUGUGUCUCUUACUUCAAAAAUGUAGAGGAGAGGGACGCUCAUGUAAAAGAAUUUCAUUUGAAACCAAAAGUAGAAAUCCUCUAUGAUUGCAUUUAUUGUCCUUUAAAGCGUUUCAAGCACAGGAGUUUUUUAAGACAUGUAAAAUCAAACCAUCAAAAUGUAGCCAUCAGGUGCGUUAAUUCAAAGUGUACCAUGUUUUUCAAAACGCAGGCAGAUUUGGAUUUGCAUUUUAGCUCAAAACACAAGAGCAUUGAGCAAAGGAAAAAGUUCAAGUGUCCAUCAUGUGAUUACAGAGCUUUACAUAAGACACACAUUGCACACCACAUGUACAAAAAACAUCAAAUCACAGAAAAAAUUAAUAAGUGUCCCGACUGUCCAAAACAAUUCUCAAGCCACGUGCUUAUGAAUCGUCACAUGAGUCAAAUUCACAAAUUUAGAACGUGCCCCGCAUGUAAUCUAAAAAUUCCAAUGUCCGUUUUUUUCCAUCAUUUUACAAAAAAAUCUUGCGGGAAAUGCAAAAAGGAAUUUGAUUGUUCAAUGUCGCGAAAAGAUCAUGAAAAUUUAUGCAAGCUCAAAUGCGACAUAUGCUUGCAAGUUUUCAACAAAAGAUUUCAGUUGAGGUACCAUAAAAAACGUGUACAUUUACUUCAGUAAGAAAUGCAUGUGAGAUCUACUGAAAACAAAUGCUAACAAGUCUUUUCAAGAAUUUUAUGCGUUUAUUUCAUGGUACUAGAUUUUGAAAUACUAUUGUUGAGCAAUUUCGCAUGACUAUAUUGUAGUUCGGUGGGAAUUUUUUUUU